CUGAGAAACUUGUGUUUACACAACCAUAAAACUUAAAUCUACAAUGUCGGGUAGAGGUCGUAGCGUGCAAAGACGGGUGGGGAAAGUCGUAGCGAAACAGCCAGAGAGAGGGACGGGGUAUGCGGGCGGCAGUUGAUCCGGCCCCGGCGAAGGAACAAAGGACCAGAUGGCUUAGAAGGAAUGCGGCGGAAACGGCGCCGGUACCAGAGCCGGCAUCAGCUCCUGUUCAGGGACCAAAGCCAGAGGUGGCACUCGCAGCAGCGCCACCUUCAAAACGUAAACGCGCAGACGAUGACGCCGCAAAUGGUGAGGUUGUGGAUUUCUGUGAUAUUUUCGGCAAAGCCCAUGGGCUACCACGUGGUCACAACGUGGCUUCAAGUUUCAACGUCAGACCAGAGACGCCAGCGCCCAACUUCCUGCCGAGUCCCUUGAAUGUCACUUUCCGGCGCGGGGAGCUGGCGGUACAGGGAUGCAGCGUGUACAACCUCGGGAACAAAAACGAUUCAAGAGCAGAUGCACCGGAGAUUUCCAUCAGCGAAGAACAAUACGUUGAACGUGGCGAACCAGUCACUUUACACUGCAACGCCACGGGACAGCACUAUACCCCGGAUGAGAUAGACAGGUUCCGAAACGGCAAAAAAGUCACGUCGGAGAAACAUAGUGGCAUAAAAUUAUUUAAACAUCUAUCAAUUACUCAUAAAACGUUUACUAGCAUUUUGAGCAUAGAUAAAGCGACUAUGGAAGACAAUGGAGUGUAUGUUUGCAGGGCGUCCAAUGUGCGCAUUGCUAAUACGAAAGUCCACGUUUUGAACGGUAAGAACAAAGCGGAAACGUCCAAUAAAAAGCGAGGAACAUAUCAUGACGGGUAUGCUGACGAACAAGUGUCCAGUGGUCAUAUGAAGUCGUCUGCUUCGACUAUUCGGGAGGUGACAUUCACGUAUAUUAUCCUGUGUAUUUUGCUAAUGUUCAACUAUUGAUACAAACGGCAUGAGCAUGAAAUAAGCCCAUGCAGAGACUAAUUCGAACUGAAAACUGAAACGGAUUACAGCGUCAAACACGAUAUUAAUCAGAAUUGUCAAAUGAUAUAUAUUAAUUCGGAACGGUCAAUUACGUCUUCAAAACGACAGGUGGAAUAAAAGACUAGCACAACGGUAUUACCGCCGCAUUCUAAACGACAAAUGUACUACAAGAGUUUAUGCAACUGCAUGCCAAUCACUCGAUCGCAAAUCUGCUUUUUUCACGAAGAUAUUUUGGAAUCAAAAUAUAUACUAAGAGUAGUAUGUGGCUGAAGACCCGUCUGAAGAUAUCAGUGAUAUACAACGUGAAGCGUGUGUGGCGGUCAUUGAACUAUAAAUUUGGGCCAGAUAAUUGUGUAAACAAUAAAUUGUGUUUUAUAUGUAUUCCUGCUAUAAAAGUAUUUGUCCGGCAUAGAUUCGAGCUGAAUUGCUAUUUACAUAUGUUUACAUCAUGUUAAUAAUAUCGGCUGUAUACGCGUAUUUUUAUCUAUAUGUAAAUAUAAUCUUAAACGGUUUAUUGCAACAGUGUAUGUGUGGGGAUGGGUCAUUAAAUACUGUCUAAUGCCAGUUUCUCCCCUUUUUUGAUCGAACAUGAGCAGUUGUCGGUAACUAGCAUAAUUAUGUUCAAUAAGUACUGGUUAUCAGGAAAACGAGCGUUUGUAAAUUGACUAUGAAUGAAACAUAGUUAAAGAAAAGAACAAACAUUCAAACAUAAACACAUAAAGAAUACGUUCGACACUUUGGUCUGCACAUGCCUUAAAGGUUUUAUCAAUUUCGUAUCGAUCCCGAUUGAAUACAAAAUAUUGAAAAUGUUUAAAAAAAUUAAUUGCGAGGUGGGGUUAAUUGCCAAAACGAAUACUUGAUAGACUCCUGUGAAAUUUAGGCCAGCUAUAUCAGGACGAUUUUUAUUAUUAUUUAAUCAAGCUGAAUUGUUGCCGCUAGUUUGGACUAAAAGAAUAAUUCCAAUAAUUUAAAAGGGCGAUAAAUCUUACGUUAGUAAUUACAGGGCAAUAACAUUGUAAAUCAAUUAUGCUAAGUGAUUUUUAGCCCAUUAACCAUAAAGAUAUACUUUAGGACAGGCAGAAAAACUGAAGAUGCAGCGUUUAUCCUUCAUUCCUUGAUUCCAAUUUUUUUAAAUAUUCAUAGAAGUCUUUAUUACUGCUUAGUUGACAUAAUUCAGUUAAACAUUUAAGCAACGCCUUGAAUUAUUUAAUUAUCGCAGUUCGGUGAAGGUUGGGGAAAUACUUUCGUUCUUAGUAUUCCCUCUGUUCGUUAACGGUCUAGAACUUAAUUUUACAAAACUGUAUAUAUUUGUGGAAUUAUUUUGCAAGAUAUUCAUUGUUAUCUUUAUUACUUUUUCGCAGAUGAUAAGGUUGUAUUAGACACAAAUCCGGAAAAAAUCCUAAUCUCAAAUUGUUCAUACAACUAAUAUUUUACUUGCAAAUUACAACUAAAUAUAUAAAAAGAAACAAUGAUGUUGUAAGUUUGUCUCGUAAACAGGGAAGUGCAUAUGUAAACGAGACGUGAGCAUACAUACGAGAAGAACUUAAAAAUCCUGAAGUAUUGUAUUAACAUAGGGGUUACCCAAAAUUAUACAGAAAGUGUAAGUUUAAUACUUGCAUUCUACAUGGCAAUCGUUCAAACGUAUUAAACAAUUUGUUAUCAAAAUUAAAACCUAUGUUUAUAAUCAAAAGGUUGCAUUGAAAAUUUCUGAAACUGUACAGUUAUCUGUAAUGACGACUGGUGUGUUCUGUAACUUAUAUUGCCUAUUGUAUGGAAACAUUCAACUUGUGAUUUGUAGGCAACAUUUGAAUGAAUAUUCAUAAUAAGGACAGGUAUGCACGGAUUUACGGACACGAACUUAUGAUGAAACUACAUUAUCAAAGAGAUGCAUUCUAUUGUAUGUUGAAGCAUUUUUGUUCAUUAAAAUCUAUGCCGUGAUAGUAGUAGAUGGAUAUGACUUUUAUAUCUUUUCUGUGCGUAUGUAAAAGACGAUCGACAUUUUGAAAUAUAUUGUUAUAACAUG